CCCUCCUUGGGUCCGGCCGCGUCCGCCGCGCCGAGUGUCCGCCGCUGCCCGGGGACGUCGUCAGAUGGAGCGGAUCGGGCGCCUUCCCCUCGUCUGAUGUUAAAAUCAUGGAUUCCAAAGAAUUGCUUAAGUCGUCAGAUCAAGACGAAACCGGGAAAAAUGUGCUCAUGAGUACCAAAGGAGGGAUCGUGAUGGACUUCCAUCCGCCCUUCAGGGGUGGAGCCUCCGCACAAGCCCCUGUAUCUGCAGCUCCUCUCCCCGUGUCUUCUCAGUCAGACUCUGCUCAGCAACCCGCUCUGGCUGACUUCUCUAAAGGAUUGGUAAACAAUGUGCCUCCGCCAGACCUGUCCAAGGCAGUGUCGCUCUCCAUGGGACUGUAUAUGGGUGAAACAGAUGCGAAAGUGAUGGGAAACGACCUUGGAUUUUCACAACAGGGCCAAACUGGCAUCCCUUCUGGAGAAACGGACUUCAGGCUCCUGGAGGAAAGCAUAGCAAGCUUGAACAAGUCCUCGAGCCUGGCAGAGGACACGAAGGGAGCAGUGUCAUCCGAGGCGCCGCUGGAGCCGGACUUUGCGGGCAUGGCUGGCCGCGGGCCCCUGGAGCCGGGGGCUUCGGUCCAAAGCCAGGUUGGCUCCAACGGCGGCAGCCUGAAGCUGUUCUCUGAAGACCAAAGCACCCUGGAUAUCCUCCAGGACUUAGAAUUGCCAUCGGUAUCGCCUGGCAAAGAGCCGAAUGGGAGCCCGUGGCGGCUGGACCCAUUGCUCGAUGAUGGAGGUUUGCUGUCCCCCAUCUCUGCUGACGACACGUUCCUCCUGGAGGGAAACCUGGGGGAAGACUGCAAGCCCCCCAUUUUGUCUGACACUAAACCUAAAAUUAAUGACCGUGGUGACCUUUUACCCAGUUCCAAAAUGCCGAUGCCUCAAGUGAAAACAGAAAAGGAAGACUACAUUGAGCUCUGUACUCCUGGCAUAAAGCAAGAAAACAUGGGCCCAAUUUACUGUCAGGCAAACUUCUCCGGGUCUAAUCUGCUGGGUGCUAAAGUCUCUGCCAUCUCUAUCCAUGGUGUCAGCACCUCUGGGGGACAGAUGUAUCACUAUGAUUUAAACACUGCAUCGCUCUCUCAGCAGCAGGAUCAGAAACCAAUUUUUAAUAUCAUUCCAUCUCUUCCUGCCAGUUCAGAAAAUUGGAAUAGGUGCCAGGGAUCAGGGGACGAGGCUUUAGCUCCCUUGGGAACGCUCAACCUUUCUGGCAGACCUGCUUUCUCUAACGGCUAUUCAAGCCCUGGACUGAGAUCAGAUGUAAGCUCUUCUCCAUCCACAACCUCAGCGACUACGGGACCACCUCCCAAGCUCUGCCUCGUGUGCUCUGACGAGGCCUCUGGGUGUCAUUAUGGUGUUCUUACUUGUGGCAGCUGCAAAGUGUUCUUCAAAAGAGCUGUGGAAGGGCAGCACAACUAUCUCUGCGCUGGAAGGAACGACUGCAUUAUUGACAAAAUCCGGCGGAAGAACUGCCCGGCGUGCCGCUAUCGGAAAUGCCUCCAGGCGGGCAUGAACCUCGAAGCCCGCAAGACGAAGAAGAAGAUAAAAGGCAUCCAGCAGGCCACUGCCACGGGCACCAGGGAUGCCGCCGAAGCUGCUGGAAAUAAGAGCGUGGUUCCCGCGUCGCUGCCGCAGCUCACACCCACCCUGGUGUCGCUGCUGGAGGUGAUCGAGCCCGAGGUGCUGUACUCCGGCUACGACAGCACGCUGCCCGACUCCAGCUGGCGCAUCCUGUCAACCCUCAACAUGCUGGGAGGACGGCAAGUGGUAGCUGCAGUCAAGUGGGCGAAGGCAAUACCAGGUUUCAGAAACUUACACCUGGAUGACCAAAUGACCCUUCUGCAGUACUCCUGGAUGUUCCUAAUGGCUUUUGCUUUAGGAUGGAGAUCAUACAAACAAUCAAAUGGAAAUCUCCUUUGCUUUGCACCAGAUCUGAUUAUUAACGAGCAGAGAAUGAAUCUACCCUGUAUGUAUGAACAAUGCAAACAUAUGCUGAUGGUUGCCCGCGAGCUGUCACGGCUUCAAGUCUCAUAUGAAGAGUAUCUCUGCAUGAAAACAUUGCUUCUCCUCUCUACAAUUCCUAAGGAAGGCCUGAAGAGCCAGACUUUGUUUGAAGAAAUUCGCAUGACAUACAUAAAAGAGCUGGGAAAGGCCAUCGUGAAAAGAGAAGGGAACUCCAGCCAGAACUGGCAGCGGUUCUAUCAGCUGACGAAGCUGUUGGACUCUAUGCACGAUGUGGUUGAAAAUCUUCUGAGCUUUUGCUUCCAGACGUUUUUGGAUAAAUCCAUGAGUAUUGAGUUCCCAGAAAUGUUGGCAGAAAUCAUCAGCAACCAGAUACCAAAAUACUCAAAUGGAAAUAUAAAGAAGCUCUUAUUUCAUCAGAAGUGACUGCCUUAACACAAAAGGGUUGCCUUAAGAAAACGUCAAAUGAUAGCUUUUUUCUUUUUUUCUUUUCUUUUUCUUUUUCUUUUUUUUUUUUUU